ACUGGAUUUAUGUCACCUGUUAUUGUUGACCAAUUAGAGGGAAAAACACUUAUCUUUUAACUACAAAACACUUAUUUAUACAUUUAACACUGAUAGAAUAUUACAGACUUAUAAAUGAAUUUAAUUAUUUUUUUAUUUAGUUUAGAGAAAAAAAAUUAUAUAUAUAUAUAUAAUCAUUUUGUCCUUUUGUAUUAUAACACAUCAGAAUCAGCAUUAAAUCCAUGUGAAAACAGUUAAAAUGUGUUUAACUCUGAGGGGAAACUGUAGUGAACAUGUUUAGACAGGAGGAGCUUCUGCGCUAAUGGAUGUGCGUAAAGACGCUAAACUAACAGUGUCGGAAAACCGUGAAACCUUCAUCAUGGCUCUUAUCUGAAAAUGUUCAUUAACUUCUUCUCUGACUCUGAUGUGCAGGACGACGGGAAAAUGUUUUGUCUGAGAAACGCUUACUGUGGACUAAAAACAUGGUGACCAUUUUAGCAGGAAAGUGGAUUCUCCGGUCUGUUCUCCUCCUAUUGUGCUGUUUACUGUGUGAAGCUGGAGACGAUACGGUCACACUGCAGGAAGUGGAAGGAACCACUAUAACUCUCCAUACUGGGAUAACUGGGAUUCAGAGGGAUGCUCAUAUAGUUUGGUUUUAUGGACCUGAGAAAGCAAAGAAAAAAAUAUUGAACAGUCAGGUGUUUAAAGGAGAAACUGUUACAGACAUCAGUGAGAGAUUUAAAGAGCGACUGCAGCUGGACAGAAUCAGUGGAGCUUUAACCAUCAGGAACAUCAGCAGAACUGAUUCUGGAGUUUAUUUAUUACACGUCAUCACUGAACAUCUCUCAUCUAGGACUUUCAGUGUCAGUGUUUAUGCUCCAGUAUCAACUCCAGUAAUAAUAAAUGAAAGAGAAAAGCGAAGUGUGAUUUCCACAGAGUCGUGUUUCCUCCUGUGUUCUGUGGAGAAUGGAGAAGAUGUGAAGUUAUCCUGGUACAGAGAGAAUGAGAGAAUCUCCAUCACCAAUAACACAGACCUCAGUGUUCCCCUCAAUCUCCCACUUCAAAUACAACACAAUGACACUAACACUUACAUCUGUGUGUCUGCAAACCCUGUCAGCAAUAAAACAACUUCUCUCAUCAUCACACAGCUCUGUGACGUCUCAGGUACGUCAGUGAGUCUAAACUCAUUACUGAUCAUCUGUCUGGUUAAUGAAAUGUCAUUUCAACUGCACAUUUCACAACUGCAUGUGUACAUACAAAUUGUAUAUAUUGUAUACUAGUUGCAUAUGUAUAUUUCAUGCUUAUUUAAACUGCACAUUUCACAACUGUAAAUGUGUACAUCCAAUUUCAUCUAUACUACAUAUGUCAUUCUGUUACACUGUGGAGAUUAUGUCACUAAAACAAAUUCCUCGCAUGUGAAAACAUGCCUGGCAAUAAAGCUGAUUCUGAUUCUGAAAAUACAUCGAGGAUUCACAUUUCACUGACUGCACUGGAAUAUUAAUGGAAUAUU